GGGCGGUGUGAGGCGGCGGGCAGCGCAGUGUCACCCGGUGACGCUCCCACCCCAGGCUGCCCCAGGGGACCAGCAGGCAGAGCCCCGCCCCCUUGGGCGAGGGGCACAGAGAGGGCGUCCCCCUGCCUGGCUCGGGCGCCGGCAAACUCUGGGUCCUGUGGCGGGCGGGAGAGCUCCGGGCCCGGCCUCCCCCGCCCGGGGCCAGGCGGAGCCAGCAGCGGGAGGAGGAGCGGGUGAGAGGUCGGCCAGCUCCGGUCGCCCACAGAGGCUGAGUCCCGGGCAGAGAGGGCGGCGGCGGCGCCCGGCGGUGGAGAAGCUGAGAGAUGGGGAAGCUUUGAUUUGACCACAAGGUCACCCAGUGAGUUGCAGAGCCAAGAUUUACUACGCUGAUUAAACCUGAACAAGCUGGGACAAGUGGAAAGACCGCUUGUCUAGGUUAAAGAAUUUGCCCAAGGUAACACACCCAUAGUGUGGCGGAGCUGGAAACCGAACACAGAUCUCCUGACUUCUACUCUGGUGUUUUUUCCACAGGACCAUCUCUGCCCUACAUGUUGUAAGUGUUUGAGAGAUUUCAUUGAAAAUGACUAGCAAAACAACUAGCACAACAAACAAUAUAGCUCAGGCACGAAGAACUGUACAGCAGUUAAGAAUAGAAGCUUCUAUCGAAAGAAUAAAGGUGUCAAAAGCAUCAGCAGAUCUCAUGUGCUAUUGUGAAGAACAUGCCAGGAAAGAUCCUUUACUAAUGGGCAUACCUGCUUCUGAAAACCCUUUCAAGGAUAAAAAAACAUGCAUUAUAUUGUAGCAGAGCAGUAAGUACCUCCAUAGCUUUCCCAAGCAAAACAGACUACAAGCAAAUUAUUAGAGAAAUAAUGUUAUGGUCACCUGAUAUCAAUGGUGUAAAACAGCAGUGUAUUUACUAUGUGUGUAAACGAAUUCUUAAGUUUAAGAUUCUUUUUCUUUAUAGUAUCCUUACUGGGAAGGAAGAUUAUAAACUAAAUUAUCCUAUUUCUUGUAAAAUGGAAUGGGGUCUGUGGCAUGCAGCUGGUAAUUCUCUUGUGUUGGCUUUUAUGUCGAUAUAACUAUGUUGCUCAGGAUGUGAAAAACCCAUGCCUCCCGAGUGACGUAGUUAUACCAGCCUAACUCUCGUGUAGACAGCUCUGUCGGCGGGAGAACUUCUCCCGUCGACAUUGUUACUGCCUCUCUGAGAGGUGGAUUAAGUACGCCCAUCAGUAUAGGAGCAUCUUCAGUAAAGCGAUCUGCUGCAGCACUGCAUGUGAAGACUAGCCCUAAGGAGAGAGGCCUGGAUGAGGUGAAGGUCUUUUUAAAAAUGUGUAAUAUCUGCAUUUCAGUUUAAGGUAUUAGGCUACACAAUCAAGACCAAAGUUGCCUGAUCUUCACCUACAGAUCAGCAAGGUAGACAAGUAAUUUGACUCUUAAUCAAGAUUAAUUUACUGUAGCUUUUUAAAAAUAGUGUAUUUGUAUUCAAUUAGUGUAUUUAUGUAUUGGUUUUAUGUGUGUGUGUGUGUGUGUAUAUAUAUGUGUUUGUGUAUAUACACAUUCCAAAGUGCAUUCUCUGACAAGACUCCUUGCAAACAACUGCUGCAAUUAUUGAUAAACUCCAUAGUUCAUGCCUUUACCUUCAGUUAUGUCUUAACUCUUUUUAAAAGUGAAAAAUCUGUUUUUGUGUCAAGAAUCAAUAGAUUUCUGAUGAUUUAUGUAAUUUUUCAUUUUUGAGAAGAUCUAAUAAAGGAGAAUUUUAAUCCUUUUAUUCUGCCCCUCUAAAUUUUCUCCUCAAAUUAUGAUCAAUGUAGCUCCUUUAAUAGGGCUACAUAAGACUCCAACACUUUGGAACUAGCAUUUCUCUUGCCCCACUGCUAAGGUGAGGGGGAGGAUUCUGUCACUCCAAACCACAUGGGUCACCUGUGCAAGUCUCAUUUAGGUUUUGUGCAGUGAUCCAGGAUUUGGUUCUUUUAAUAAUUGAGUUCCCCUUUUUUAAGGAAAAAGAAGCCAAAUCCUAUCCAGAUUAUGAUCAAGCAAAUGUAAUUGGAUGGCCUUUCCAUAACAUCACUGAUUUACAAAUAGCCUAAUAAAGUUUCUAUACAAGUCUUGUGUAUUGAUGGAAUAAGUGAGUGGAAAGAAAACAAUAUUGACUUCUAAUAGGUUACCAAUGUGUUUUUGUGUGUGGGGGUGUUUCUCUAUAGCCAGCUAUACAAUACCUAAAAUUGUGAUCUUCUGUAAUGAUAUUUACAGAAAUUAUUAACCACUUUUAAUUUACUGUUUUAUGUUGCAUGUGUCUAAUUCUGUAUUAAAUUAUAUAGACACUGUUAAUAAUAUGUUAUGUUUUUAACAAACCUCCUUUCAAAAAUCUAAAUUUGAGACUUCCUGUAAGAAAAAAUAAAUGCACAGAUUGUUCUGUGCUGACAUUCAAAUUAUUUUUAUAAUUAGAAUAUUUUUCUAAUAACAAUUUCAAAACAAUCUAGAUUUUCACUGAUUUUAUUUACCAUAUUUCAGUCAUCAUUUUAUAAUGCAUCUUGAUAAAAAUAGUAAUUAACUUAGCUGUAUACUUUCAUAACUGAGCUACUAGCAGCAGUCCUGCUGUAUUUCUUCAGUUCUGUAAUAUCUUGUUUUUUUUUCAAAGUAACUUUUUACAACCAAAAUAUUGCCCUUCUGUUGAUCUAUUAUGGCCCGUGUUGUCAGCAAUUUGUGGCUAAAUGUUUGAACUGUUUAGAACCCAAAUGAAUAUAUGAAAAUGUAAUAUAUACAAAUAUGGUGAUACAAAGGUCAUUUUGAUACCUGGCUCUUUCUCUUUGGCCAUUUCUAAGCUAUUGGUUUGUGAUCUUUCUUACUCAUGGAAUUUCAUGUCAGAAGUAUUCAGCUAAAUUAGAACUUUACAAACUUGUUUUAUAACUACUUAAGUUGCAUUAAUUUGAGUAAUGAGUUUAACUGCAGACUUUUUUUAAACUUUUGUUUUAAACUUUUAAAUUUUCUUUUGACCUGAAUCCAUUUUGUUCGGUUACUACUUCCAUAUCAAAUCUAUCCAGCAUUUUUACAACUGGAGUCAUAAGUGCCAUGAUUGUGGUUUUUAAGUUACUGAAUCAAAACAUGUAAAUGAUACAUUUUAAAGUAUUAUCACAAACAUGUUGCCAUAAAACAUACGCUACUGGAAAUAUUUUCAUAAACAACUGGGGCCUGACUCAUUUCCCAUUGAAGUCAAUGAGAAUUUUACCAUUGACUUCAGUGGGAUUAUGAGGAGACUUGGGGUGACUAACAUACUGCACUUGUAACCUGUUGGAAGUGUCUUCAUAAAUAUUAGGAUUUUAAAUGUUCAUAGUGCCACAAUGUAUGCCUGUUUUUAAAGGAUGAGUUAAUAGUGAUCUAUUCACCCCUGUUUAAUCUGAAGUAUAUUUUUCUACUUUUUUCAUACACUUUUGACAUCUUUACAACGCAAGGACAAAAUUUAUAGCAGCAGCUGUUUAAUUCUUUCUUAUACCUAUGCAUUUAAAUAGCAAAAGAGUUUUAUUAGAACAUAAUUGCCCCUUUACCCACAUAUAUAUGAUUAGAAGUAGAGCAAAUAGGGCAACUUCUUUCAGGUGCCUUCUAACUUUUAGCCUAAAACACAUGGAAACUAUAAUAAAACAGUGAAAUACAACUGACUGUUUCUGAUUACUUUUCUAUAGGUUUUAAAAUAAACUCUCUGUGUAUUGUAUUUUAAACACAAUAUGUAGUGUCAUCUGAAGGUUCAAACAGCUACUUAUGUUUUUAUAAUAUUACUCUUUAAGUAUACAAAAUGCAGUAUAAAGUAAACCUUUUUGUUUGAUGAACUUGUGAAGAGAAGGAGUCAUGCAGAUUGGGAAGAAUUGUGAAGAUAUAUGGACUUUCUAGUUAGUGAGAUGAAAUAAUGAAAACCAAACCACCCCAAAUUCAUAGCUGUUGGGAUAUUGGACGUUGCAGGAAUGAUUUUCAGCCAGGCUAGCUAAGCAGAAAAAGCGGAACCACAAUACUGCAACUUACUUGGUGCUCUGAGUGCAGAUACCUCAAAUGUAAAAUCUUUGUGAUUGUAAAAUGAACCUGAUAUUAUUCCAGAAAAUGUUAGGGUUCUUUUUCUUAAACUAAAAGGCCCAUUUGCUUGUUUUUUCCCCCCUCUGGGUUUACUAAUUUGAUUGUUUUAAUACUGUUAUUUUGUAUUGUCAUUGUAACUUCAGAUUCACAUGAAUGUUAUCACAAUUAUUUGCCUUUGACUUACAAAUGGCUUUAUGAAAUCCUUUUGUUUUCUCUAACAUGCUUUUGCCAUUCAUCAGUGAGCCUCUUAAAGUAGUUCAUUGUGGUCUUUGUAUGGAAGAGGGCUUCUUAUAGAAAUGAGAGAAAAAAAUGUUAACCAAGAGAACUUGAUGGAUGGCUAACAUGUUCAAUAUCAUGGAUAUGAAAUACGUAAUUAAAAAUAUCUCUGCUUUGUA